UGUAGCUAUCUCUGAGUCAAUAAUACCAACUCAUUCCUGCUCAAUGCAAACACUGGAGAAAUAUGCUUGAGGUAGGAAAAAAGCAAGAAAACAAACCUUUGCCUCCAGUUGAACAUCUUGCUCUGCUCUACUGCAUGCCUGCACUGCGAAAAGGUAAUUCCUCAAAUGCCCGGCAAUCAACAGCCUCUUCAGAAACAAUUUUAAAUGUUUUGGUGACGUCAAGGGAGAGAAAGUAUUUGGCCUGUGCAUACCAUAGUAGUUCAUUUAAAAGCCUUGUAGAAAACUAAAACGGAUAGCAUAUCAAAGCAGAGGUGUUUAUUUAAGAGUAGUGUCAUUCCACUGGCACAAAGAGAGAAUCAGUCCCAGAAGAGCUUCUGCUGUGGAAAGAACAUUAACCCUUAAAAGCCUGGCUAAUUGUGGGAGAAGAAAAAAAAAAAGCAAGUGCAUGGUUGAAUGUGAAACAGACGUCCUAUUGGAAAAAUGAAUAAACAGAUGUCUCUUACGGCAUGUAUCGCCAAAAUGUAUGAAGGUGGCACUUUGGACCGUGCUGGUGGAACCAGGACAAAUUCACCCAUGAAAAAGCCCGGCACUAGUCUCAGUGCCAUAGACAAUAAGCUGAAUCUUCUGGAUGAAAAAGUGGAGAAAAUUUCGAAAAGUCAGGCGGAAGUCAUGAAGAAGCUUGAAGCAGUCUACCAGAGCAUCAGGAACCUGGAAAAUGGCAUAGCAAGACUGAAGCCAGCAAAGGAACCUCCAAGCUCUGGAGAAGAUCAUUUGAAGCAGGGAGAGCUGAGUUUAUACAAUGAGAUCAAGGCUCUGUGCACUGAAAGCGUGAACCUGCUGAAGUCCCUGCAACAGGAAACAAACAAGCAAAGAGAGAAAAUUGAUGUGAUUGAACUCUCUGUCUCCACCACAGACAGAGUCAUUACAUUUGUUGGCGAGAUCUUCAAAAGUUCUAAAAUAUUGGCCUAUAUCCUCAAGGGCACAGUUCCCUGGAGGAAAGGCAGUCUUUCAGAAAACACAGAAGAGAAAAAGGAAACGGAUGCAAAGCCCAAAGUUGAAUUCUGCAAUCGAGCAAUUCAGGCGGAGUUCAGGAGAUCUCCUGAGGGCACUUUAGGGUUACAAGCCUCCGCUCAGCCAAGUUUCCAUCUGCACCAUGAAACCAAUGAUACAGGUGUGAAGAAACAGCCAACUAAAACAGAUGAACGGGUCAACUCGGCUCUUCAAUCUCAAUCCGACAAUCAAGUGGAUGAAAGUCCCAUAGCUCCUAUCACAUCCACAGAAGAGCUCGCUGAGACCAAGAGCUCAGAGCUCAGUAUCACAAGCACCAAACAUACAGCAGAGAAUAAACCGUCUCGGAAACCCAAGGAGGUCACCAUCAAAAGCAAAGAACCCACUCGAACACAGACCUUUAUUAAAGAAACGCAUGAUGUUAGAGCGAACACAGAUGACCCUGAUGGACCCGACUAUCAGAAAAAGGAGAUCACUAUUGCUUUUAUAACAGGGGAGACCCAGACUCCAGCCUCCGCUGCCAAACCAGAGCUGAAUGAGGCUACUGCAACAUCUCUUGAGUGGCAUCCUGUUAUUAAGCAUAACAUUCCCAGUGAACUAAAAAGGAAGCCUUGUUUGGCUGAACAAGGAGCUCAUUCAACUACACAGCAGCAAGAAGCAGCUCAGAAAAGCUCUAAAAAUGACGUUGAAGGAGCCAAAAAACCACAGGUAGAGAAAAAAGAGGUCUGCAAAACCUCCAAAAGCGCUGUACUAUUGAUAAAAAACAAAGAUACAGGCUCUGAAAAAGACCUUGAAGUUCCCAUACCCCCCCUAAAGGAUACAGCCCCAGCCAAAACCCAGAAUGAGAAGAAAACCCAGGCCAGUGAAGCACAAAAUAUAGACAAUGACAGUGUCAAGAAAAAUAAGGCUGAAAAACUCUCCAAAAUUGAGUCACCAAAGUCGACCAAUUCUGUACAACAAACUGAGCCUGAGAAGAAGACUUCAGCAACAGAAACCAAAGUAGAAUUGGAGACUAAAUCUGAGGAGACCUCACACACUAAAGCUGUGACAGAUGCUGAACCUCAAAAAGCAUUGAGAGUUAUCAUUGAUGACACCCCGUCUCAACCAGCGCCUUUUGAACAUCGUAUUGUAAGUGCCAAGCACAUGGCAGUUACCUCGUACUACUCACUCAUUGAGAGUGAGCUCUUAGGAGGGGGACGAUUCGGCCAGGUUCACAAGUGUGCAGAGCUGUCAUCUGGCCUCAUGCUGGCUGCCAAGAUAAUACAAGUUAAAGGCUUGAAGGACAGGGAUGACGUCAAGAAUGAAAUUGGUGUCAUGAACCAGUUAAAUCACGUCAAUUUGAUCCAGCUGUAUGAUGCCUUUGAGUCCAAGAACAAUCUGACUUUGAUUAUGGAAUAUAUUGGUGGAGGAGAAUUAUUUGACAGAAUCAUCGAUAAUUAUCAGCUCACUGAACUGGAUGCCAUCGUAUUUACCAAACAGAUCUGUGAGGGAGUUCAGUACCUACAUCAGCAGUACAUUCUCCAUUUAGACCUGAAGCCAGAAAACAUUUUAUGUGUAAACCACACAGGAAAUCAAAUAAAAAUCAUUGACUUUGGACUGGCAAGAAGGUACAGACCCCGUGAGAAGCUGAAAGUUAACUUCGGCACCCCUGAGUUCCUGGCCCCAGAAGUGGUGAACUACGACUUUGUUUCAUUCCCUACUGAUAUGUGGAGUGUAGGAGUUAUCACGUAUAUGCUCCUGAGUGGGAUGUCUCCUUUCCUUGGAGAUAACGACACGGACACCAUGAAUAAUAUCCUCCAUGGCAGCUGCGAGUUUGACUCCGACUCAUUUGGAAAUGUCUCUGCGGAGGCCAAAGACUUCAUCUCUAGGUUGCUAGUGUCCGAAAAAUGCAGCCGAAUGAGUGCCACUGGAUGCUUGAAGCAUGACUGGUUGAACAACUUAGCAGAGAAAGCGAAAAGGUGCCAAGUUCUUCUCAAGUCUCAGCUUCGUUUAAAGAGUUACUUGGCUCAUCGACAGUGGAAGAAACAUUUCUAUGUAGUCGCUGCUGCCAAUAGACUGAAGAGAAUCCACCAGCGCGGGUCUGUGAAUCCUGCAUAGAUGGGUCAGGAGGGCUGAACAGGGCUUGGCAUGGACUUUACUACUCCACACUCAUUUCCUGUGGUUGCAUUGCAUUUCUGCUUCUUAUAGACACGAUGAAUUGUAGAAAAAUUACUUUUUUACAUUAGCUGUAGUAUCUAAGCAUUUGAUUUGAUUUUUUUUUUUUUUGUAAUUAAUGAAGUGGCGAAAUGUAUUGUUGAUAAAUUUUGCAUAAAUAAUAUUGCUGAUAGUUACAUACAGUUACAAUGAACACUACUACUCAACCUUUCCUAGUUCUGUUGCUACUUAUCGGCCCACAUUUUAGAAGCCACAAAGAAAAUAUUUUAAAAUAAUAUGCAAAGCUGCUAUCUGUAUAUUGUCAGAGAACCAUUACUUUUAUAACAAUCUAUACAAAAUGAAUAUAGCAAGGUUUUUUUUUUUUCAGUACUUUAUUAUCGAUUUAGUCAUUUCCAGCUAUAAUUUUAUCAUCUCAUAAUUACUAGAUUGUGGUAAACCAAUCAUGGGUUUUAUUUGUUUCAAAAUUAGAAUAUACAAUUGUGUUUUUUUCAGCUGUAUAGUCAUAGUUUUAUAUGCAAAUAUGUACACUACUUUGACAUAAAGUAAACCAAAGGACAGCCAUACAAAAAGGUGUGGUGUUCUUUUAAAAGUAUAUAGAGGGGCAUUUAACCCCUAAUUGGCCAUCACAACUGAAUGUCACACAGUUGGCCAGCGUACUCAUAUACACAGUUCCACUUACCUUCUGUGAAGGCAGCAGUCAUUUGGUGCACAUGCAUGUACUUGUGCUGAUCACUACAAACCUACUGUACUGUACAAUGUUAAAAAAUAAAUUGUGAAAUAAUUGCUUCUCA